AUGGUCCGGUACAUUGCUUCUAUUGCCGAUAAUGUACCAAUAAAUUGCACAUUAACAAUUUUUCCCGAUGCCCCGGUCCAUCGUGCCACCACUUUUCUCGUCGGACCCGAUAAAGUGAGCUGUGUCCACGAAAUGGGCACAACUCCAAGCCACCAAAUUAAUCGUCUGCCUGAAGCAGAAGUCUACAGUUUAGCCAAAGAGGAGAAGAGGGCGAAAUCGUGCGCAUUCGCGGCCAGCGCCGCUGAGCAUAAAACAGGUACAGCGAGCUCUUCGACCGAUUGUCUCGAUGGCCUCGUGGACAAGCAGAAGCUGAGUGGUGCCUACUUUGGCACCACCGUUUUAAGCGCCGUCAACAGGUCGCUAUGA